GUUAUGAGAGAAAUAGCAGGUAAGAAUGACACUAAAAUUAAUGAAAAUAUUGAAUCUAUAAAAAAUAUUAUAAAUAGCCAGAUGAGUAUUUCCAAAUCAAAUAAAAAUAAGAUUUUAAUGGAUGUACAAGAAAUAUGUAUCUCUCUCUCAAAAAAAAAGAAAUUUAAAACACAGUGUGAUAGCUUUUUUACAAAAAGAAUAGAAAAUAACAUAAUGGAUAUAGGUAUCUAUGAGGAUUCGCCUUUUCAGAUUAUAUAUAAAAAGAAGGAGGAAGACCCAGAUUCUAUUGUAAUAGAUAUAGAUGAUUUGAGUGAUCCUUAUGAUCAUUAUAAUGGCGGUGUAAAAUGUAAGGUUUCCGAAAAUAUGCUAAGAAAUGGUGCUGGUGCUGCCGAAAAAACAUUAUAUGAUAUAAAAAAGAUAUACAUGAAAUCAAAGAAUUACAUUGGAUGCAUUAUGAGACAAUAUGCGAAUCUAUAUCUGGACAAAAUCUCGUAUGCAAUUAAAGGUGAGUACAGAUUCAUUAAAAGAAUAAAGUAUAUUUUAAACAGUGAACACACUAACCCAAACGGCCUACUA